AAAUGAUGUCACAGCUGUUACUGUGAAUCAUGUUUCUGUAGCAUUCGAUGUGUAAAAGUUGAUGUAAAAGUUUGUAUCCUUUCUCAUAUUAUGUAUAUCUCAGGUCCUUUUCCAUGUGAGAUUUGUGGCCGACAGUUUAAUGACACAGGCAACAGGAAGAGGCACAUUGAGUGCACACAUGGAGGCAAAAGAAAAUGGACCUGCUUCGUUUGUGGGAAAUCUGUAAGAGAAAGGACCACUUUGAGGGAGCACCUGAGGAUCCACAGUGGGGAGAAGCCUCACCUCUGUAGUAUCUGUGGCCAAAGUUUCCGUCAUGGCAGCUCCUACAGGCUCCACCUCAGAGUCCACCAUGACGACAAGCGCUACGAGUGUGACGAAUGUGGGAAAACCUUCAUACGCCAUGAUCACCUGACCAAACAUCAGAAAAUACACUCUGGUGAGAAAGCACACCAAUGUGAAGAAUGUGGGAAGUGCUUCAGGCGCCAUGAUCACCUGACGGUCCACUACAAAAGCAUUCAUUUGGGAGAGAAAGUGUGGCAGAAAUACAAAACGGCUUUGCAUCAGUGUGAGGUUUGCAAGAAAGAAUUUAAAGGAAAGUCCAGUCUGGAAAUGCACUUCAGGACCCACUCGGGUGAGAAACCCCACAGAUGUCCCGAGUGCAACCAGACAUUUCGGAUCAAGAAGACCUUGACAAAGCACAUGGUGAUUCACUCAGACGCUCGUCCUUUUAACUGCCCCCACUGCAGCGCCACUUUUAAACGAAAAGACAAGCUGAAGUACCACGUCGACCACGUGCACAGCAACCGCUUUACUGAGCAGCCCCUCGGCACACUCAGCGAGGUCAAAAUAGUCACCAUUCCUUUUGAGGAGCCCUCUAAGGUAUACCGCGCUGAACCCAAGUCAACCCUCCAGAGCACCCCUCCUCCUACAAACGUCUGCGUGCCCGUCACUUUAGUUCCUGUCCAGAUGGCAGCAGGAGCACAGGGUAACCUCAGCACUCACAGAGCCUCAUCCAUCUCCUCCCAAACUCACAGUGUGGUGAACAUGCAGACUCAAGGACAGCAGCAGAACUCUGGCUAUCAAGCCGCCACAGAACUGGCGUUCUUAGAAAAGUACACCCUCACUCCCCAGCCUGCCAACAUCGUCCACCCAGUGAGGCCCGAUCAGAUGCUGGACCCCAGAGAGCAGUCGUACCUGGGGACGCUGCUGGGACUGGAUUCAGCUUCCUCUGUGCAGAACAUCUCCAACUCUGAACACGCACACUGAUGCUCCAGCAAAACUCAGCCCUCAAGGCACAGUCCAACAAACUUUAACACUCAUUUAAUGACAAGAACAGAAGCUCCAGUAUUCACCACUAAAAUGUGUUCACACUUUAAGAAAGAGGGCGACUAUGUUCUCCCUGUAAAAUAAUGAAAUAUAAUACAAAAACUACACAACAGCUCUAGAGUUAUUAAGCUCUGUUACGGCACAGGAUGUUCAGACAGGAAACACUGACACCACACAAAUAAAUGCAUUUGUGUGACGUGUUAAAAAAGAGAGAAACUGUGGAUUUAAACAGGUUUUUCUGUUGUCAUGACUUUUACCUUAACUCCAAAAAAACACAGAGGUAAAACUGAAAAAGACAGGUGGGCUGUUGUUUUUUUUUCAGUGUAUGAAAUGAAUAAGUAUAUUUUCCACAAAUGGAUGUUGGAUGAUUUUAUACAGUGUGUUAGACUCCAUCUUUUAAACAUUACUUCACCACUUGUCAGCAGGUUCCUGUCAACAUGAGUCUCUGGUUCUUACUGAAUGGUUUGAUUUUUGAGUUGCACAGAUUAACUUGCUUUAAUUGUAUUGUAUUAUAUUGUAUAGAGACGGAGCGGUUUGUUUUUUAAGGGGUCAGAUAAGUUGCAGAAAAGUGACUGACGACAAGUUUGAUGAAUGAAUCACUGAAAUCAUUUCUCAGUUCUCAUGUCUCGAUUUUAGUUGUAGUAACUUAUGAUAAAUGGUUGCUCUUUAAAAAAGAUGGCCUAAACAAUUAAUUGGUUUACCAAAUAAAUGAAUAGAUAUCCACAGGUUAACUGAUUCUAAAACAAGUCAGUACCGGCAGCCUUUUAAUACUGAGUAAACCUAAAAUGUGGCCUUAUUGUAAUUUGUGUACUGCCUGUACAAUGUGUCACUUCAAAAUCAUUGGUGCGCACAAGUUAUUUAUUUAAUGGGAACGAGUUAAUCAUCUUGUGCGCACAAGAUAAAAAACAGAUACUCAGAAAAAGAUCACGUUUUGGCUUAAAAUGCACAGUUUGGUUGCCACAGACACGGCUGGAAAUGUUCAGAUAUGUUUUUCAAAAAAUACCCAGUUGUGUCAUGGCAAACGCGGUUGGAAAAAUGUCCCAACGUGAUGUUGAAAAAUACCCGGUUUUGACCUGGAAAAUAUGACUGGAGAUGUCCUGACAUGUCAUUAAAAAAUACCCAGUUUCAUCACAGCAAACAUGGCUGGAAAUGUCCCAACAUGAUGUUUAAAAAUACCACGUUUUGUCCUGGCAGUCACGGCUGGAAAUGUCCCAAUAUUGCGUGAAAUAAUACCUGGUUUUAUCACCGCAAACACAACUGAGAAUGUCCCGACUUCUCAUUAAAAAAUACCUGGUUCUGUUGCAGCGAACACCACUGGAAGUGUCCCAACAUACUGUUAAAAAAAUACCCGCUUCAAUCGCAGCAAACAUGACAGGAAUUGUAUUAUUAAAAAAUACCCAGUUUUGUUGCAACAAACAAGGCUAGAAAUGUGUUGUUAAAUAAUACCUGGUUUUGUCACAGUAACCGCAGCUAGAAAUGUCCCAACCUGUUCUUAAAAAAUACCUGGUUCUUUCAUAGAAAGAAAAACGCCUGAAAUAUUUUGUUAAAGAAAGAUAACCCGGUUUUGUCGCAACAAACAAGACUAGGAAUGUAUUUUUAAAAAAAAUACCUGGUUGUGUUGUGGCAGUCACAGCUAGAAAUGUCUUGACAUAUCGUUAAAAAAUACCCAGUUCUGUCGAAGCAAACAUGGCUGGAAAUGUGUUUUUAAACAAUACCUGAUUUCGUUGCAACAAGUAAGGCUAGCAAUGUGUUGUGAAAUGAUACCUGGUUUUGUCGCAGCAACCACAGCUAGAAAUGGCCCAACCUGUUUUUGAGAAAUACCUGGUUUGUUUGUCUCAAACAGUGGUCUGCUGCUGUCGGCUUCUUACACCAUCCCCUGAUUUGAAACCCACCUUAUAUACAUGUAAUGUGAACUACGUUAAUUUUUAAAGAUUGAUAUGUAUGAAACAUAGAAAUGUUCCUGCUGGGAUUGUGCACCCCAAACUGGGUAUUAUAAGACAAAACAUGAUCUUUUCCUACCCAUAACCAAGUGGUUUUUGUGCCUAAACCUAAUCACACAUUCACCACAGCAUAGUAAAGUUUUAACAUCUCUGCUACAUAAUAACAUGCAAAUGUAACAUAUCCGUAGUUUACAGAAAUGUACAAGCCAGAAUUGUAUUCUGUCGACUGAGCUGCGGAGGUUUUGGGUUUGUUAUUGUGAUGCAACAAGGGAAGAUUUUUUUUCUUUUGCUGUGUACGUACGAGCACAAUGAUUAGAGGUCACUGUACUAAUGUAUGUGCAAGAACCUCUUUUUAAAUACACUUGUUAAAUCAUGUAAAAUGUGAUUUAAAAGGCAUUUUGUUGAUCGGAAAAUAAUCUGUUUUUAGGAACUAAGGAGCAGAAAAAGAGAUGGAGAUUGUAAAGACAAAUGUUAAGAUAUCACAUGUGGUAAAGUAACGGCUGCAUCCUGGUGUGGUUUUGCUGGUGGAUUUCAGAUAUGUGACAGCUGCACAGUGGACAUUUGUCCACACACUUAAUUGUUGGAUUUCAUCUUCACAUUCUGAAACAGUUGUGAUGCUCUUCUCAAACUCUGUGUCAUGAUCAAUAAAAUCAGUUGUAAAAAUA